AGAGUAAUCCAGUACCACAAAAUAAUUAAUCCUUCUUAAGAUAAGUAUGCUAGCUCUGUUUAAAACAAAGGAACAUCAGAAGUCAAUAAUUAAAGAAAGCUUUGAAUGUUGCAAUAAAGUGUAGCACUUUCUCAAGCAGCUAUGAGGUAACAAAAAUAUAAUAUGCAGUGAUUCACAAAUCGAAAGUGUGUGCUAAGCGUCGGUCCAACAUUGGGAAGGUAAGCCGAUAAAUCAUUUCAGGUUUACUAACUUGAAACAUCCAUUUUUUGGAGAAUAGAAAGUAAAAUCUUUUUUUUAAGAGCAUCACAAUUCUAACCAGGCUGGUAAUUAUUCUUACUUCUCUAUUGUUAAAAAAUAGAGCUAUUGUUUUAAGUCUGAAAUCUCAACCUGACAUUCUUAUAGAGCAUUUUCUUAUAUAAAAAAAGCAUUUAUUUUAAACUAAUUUAAGAAUGGCAAAAAUAUUUUGAUUCAGCGCCAAAAUCUAUGGAAACAUGCAAAUUUUCAAGUUUAUACACUAAGUAAGUACAACUGCCUCUAUUAGUAAACUUUUGAUGUUUUAAUUAGGAAUUAAAUUACAAUAAAUCCUGUUCUUAUAAUCUUUUUGUAUUCCAAAUUUCCUUAGAAAAUUUUUGCUGAAAAAUCCAAAUAUGCCACUCAUUUUCCUCAAAAGUUUUUCUUUUUCAAAAUUUGGUAAUGUUAACCCGGAUCCGGAUAUUUUCCCACAUUACAGUAUCAUGUACAAGAAACUGGUUUUGUAAUUUCAGUAUUUUGAUGAGUGUUUUGAGAACUGAGAACUGUUAUAUAAUGCCACAAAUUAUAUUUUAGUUUAUAAUGAACGUUACAGAUGACGUGGAAAUUGAUCUCUUCGACAGUGACAACGAUGGGCCGGAUUUGGUUGAAGAAGAAUGGGGCCAAAGUUGGGACGUAAAUGACGUUACUAAAAUUGGUUUGGAGGAAGUUGAAGACGAAAGUAAAAGCACUCAAUGUGAUGCGGAACUCAAACAAGGUGAGGAGGUUCAUUCUUCAUGUGGUAGUACGCCAGUGGAGAGAAUGGCUUUAAAUGAUCACAAGGCAGGUAUGACCGGCUUGGAUAAGGAUAAAAUAAACAAAAUCAUUCACGAAGCAAGUAAGGGAUCGAAAUAUUAUGAGAACGAAAAGAGAAAAGAAGAAAAUACCCGGCAAAGGAUCCAUGCGAUGCUAGCCGAGCUGGAAAGAUACAAUGAAAGCGAUAAACGCAAGGCAUUGCUUGAAAGCGAUAAGAUGGUGCGCCAGUUGAGAAAGAGUAUUGAUUUAACAAGAACGAUAGUUCAUAUUGACAUGGAUGCGUUUUAUGCCGCUGUUGAAAUUCGAGAUAAUCCUUCAUUAAAAGAUGUCCCGAUGGCUGUUGGUGGAAACUCUAUGCUGUCCACGUCGAAUUAUGCGGCAAGAAAAUUCGGGGUCCGGGCCGCAAUGCCGGGGUACAUUGCUAAGAAGUUGUGUCCACAGUUAGUAAUAGUUCCGUUACAUUUUGAAAAAUAUAGAUCUGUAAGCUCUGAUAUCAGGGAUAUAUUUGCAGAGUACGAUGCUAACUAUGCGCCAAUGAGCCUCGACGAGGCUUACUUGGAUUUGACUGAAUAUAUAGAAGUUAAUCUUCAUAAGUAUAAUGGAACUGACAUUGCUGGUAAAGACGUUGUCGAAGUUAUUGUUGAAGAAAUUCGCGAAAGAAUAGUUCAAAAAACGAAGCUAACGGCGAGUGCAGGAAUUGCGCCCAAUAUGAUGCUUUCGAAAAUUUGCUCAGAUAUGAACAAACCGAACGGACAAUACUACUUAAGGCCUGACCUUUUCGAGGUGAAAGAAUUUGUGCGAAAGUUGCCGAUAAGGAAAGUGUUUGGAAUUGGAAAAGUUAGCGAACAAAUGUUAAAAUCUCUUGGAAUUAUGACCUGCGAUGAUUUGUACGAAAAAAGAAGUACCUUGUUUUUGUUGUUUUCGGAAACAUCUUUCGAACAUUUCAUGAGAGUGUCCCAGGGGAUAUCUUCGAAUCGAAUUGAACAUGGCAAGCGCAAAAGCAUGAGUGUCGAGAGAACCUUCGGUAACGUUGCCGAUAAAGAGGAACUUUUGAAAAUCUGCCGCAACAUUUGCGAGCAGUUAGCUGAAGAUUUGGCUAAGGAAAACCUACAGGGCUGUAACGUCACAUUGAAAUACAAACUUUCCUCCUUCGUUCAGAAAACCCGCUCGAAGACGGUAGCUUAUCCUGUUGCUAAAGCUCAUGAACUCUAUAGCUUUUCUAAAGAGCUUUUAAUAAACGAAAUUAAAGCAUACGAGCCGGAACCAUUUGAGCUGCGUUUAAUGGGUGUGAGAGUGUCCCAAUUCGUGGAGAAAGAGAGUAAAACACAGAACAGGGUGGAACAAUUUUUCAGGGCGCAACCUGGCCCUUCAUAUGGAGGUGCAAGUAACGAAGAAAAUGAAAAAACAAUUUCUAAAGAAAUUUGUAAUGACUCAGAAACGGGAAAAGAAUUAGCGACUGAACAGAAAGUGUUUUGCCCAGUAUGUGGUUUGGAACAAAAUAAUGAUAUUGUGGAUUUAAAUGCUCACAUUGAUAAGUGUUUGACUAAACAAACCAUUAAGAAAAUUGUUAAAGAACAAGAGUUGACUGUUAAGCAAGAACGGUCUUCGCCAAAUAAAACGAAUAAAACAUCCAACAAACGGAAAUCGCAAGAGCAUUUAGGAAAUGCUGAUAAAAAAUGCACUUUGUACUCAUUUUGGAGAAAGUAAUGGAAAAUAUACAAAUAGUGUGAGCAUAGCAAUUUUAGCAUUUUUUUAUUUUCUCUCCUGCUGUAACCUUAGAGAAUAGAUUUUCGCUAGAGUAUUCUUUUAUCAAAUUCUCUAAAUGCAUAACUUUUUGUUAAGCAAUUUUACUCUGCAAAAAUAAAACAAACUCAGUGUGAUAAUAUUUUACAGUUUCUAAUUGUUUGCAAAAAAAAGUUUUUGCGGAAUUUCUUUAGUUUCUCAAUCCUGAAAUUUAAUUCUCGCGAAAUCUAAAAUAAUCCUUCGAGAAUAAUUCUUUAUUUUUAUUAUUUUCACAAACAUUAAUUCUCGCGAAAAUUUAUUCCCUUGGAAUAUAUAUUUAUUACCUUAAUGAUAUAUCUUUCCGCGUAAUCUUAAUUUCGUCAUUGCGCGAAUCGAUAUACUCAAUUUUUUUUAAAUUUCGCGAGAAUUUAAUUUCGGGGAUGGCCAAUUACUAUCACUUGUUUUGUAUGAUUUUGUAUGAUUUUUUAUAUUUUUUAUUUUAUAAUUUCCCACACGCUUUUUUAUAAGAAUACCGAAUUCUAACUA